GGGGCUGGAACACACUCCGUGUCUUAUUAACUUCGAAUUGCAAACUCACGCGCUCACGUGCGAUCGUAUGCUAAUCGAUUUUCGAUAACGCGUUCGACACUCGGUUGAUAAGAGACAUUGUCUAAGUUAAUCGAGUACUCCCUUGCUGUCAAAUCACGGCACUUCCAUAUUAUCAAGGAACGUAAUACACGAACUAUUGCUUCAUCGAGAAUAGUGACAUUUUCUAGUGGACUAUCCGUCUAUACAUGGGAUGUAUAACUGUGAACGUAGUGGCUAUGUCAGACACAAAAUCAGCGAGUCGUGACCAAGGUAUUUCAACAACAUCUAAUGACAGAGAACUGAAAGAUGUGAAUCUUAACAGGGGAGCACUUUGGAUGGAUAUACAAAACCAAUAGUUGAUACAAGGACGACAUAUUAUUUAAGUGCAGGGGCUUGCAGUUUAUGAGGAUUUUAAGAGGUAUGAGGUGGCAAUUAUGGGUAACGCAAGUGGAAAAGAAAAUCAGCUUGAACAGCUUGACCCUCUAACAGACCUAAAGAAUUCUAAAGAAAGAUCUCAGGACAUGCAGCAAGCUACUGGCCAAAAAAUGGGUGCUAAGAAUAUUGAAGAUGAUAUCAAUGCUGAGCUAGAAUUAGCAGAUGCUGGCAUCACUGAUGAUCUUAAAAGUGGAAUAAAUAAUAACAGAGAUAAUGCUGAUGAAGCUUUAUGUAAGGAUGAACUUUUGAUUAAACCUGAUGAAUCUUAUGAGAUAGGGAAGGCUACAAAUGUUGCUGUAGAUGUUGUAGAUGCAGGCAAAGAUGAUGUGGAUGUAGCCAGUACUUAUUCGCUUUUCAUGGCAAAGAAGGACUUUCGCUACUAUUUUCAGCAUCCGUACAGCAGACUUGUAAUUGCCUAUCUUGUAGUAUUCUGUAACUUCCUCAUUUAUGCUGAAGAUCCAGUGGCACACAGUCGCAAAGAAUGCCUUAUACCCAUGAUUGGAAAUGACGUUGCCUUCAUCUGCACGAGGUACCCUCCCAAUGCCUGGAGCCUGCUGAAGGUAGCAUUCUGGUUGGUCGGACUCAUUGUGGGGCUCUUUCUGGGAAAGCUGUUUGUACAUGGCUUCCUUUUCAACCGCCUGCUCCGUCUGCGCAUGUUCAGAGACAGCCAGGGCUCCUGGAUGGUCAUGUUCCUCAUUUCCCUUAUCACCAUCUUCAUCAUGUCCUGUGUCUACAACCUCUUCCUCAUGAUAGGCGGCGACUCCACCAGUGACUGGCGCAUCUCUGACCUCAUGGGUGUCAGCAACGCUAUCUUCAUGAAGGUGUCAGCCUGUGGAACCUGGUGUGGAGACUUCUUCACAGCCUGGAUGGUGACAGACAUUAUGUUACAAGAGAAGCUGUACCCUGGGUGGGCUCAACCAGUUCGCCGGUGGUGGAGGCAUCGCUUCAACCGGAUCAUUCUCUUUUGGUUGGUGGUCUCUUCAACUUCAUUUGCCGUUGUGUUCGCCAUAGCAACAGACUACAUCAAUUGGGACCAACUGAAUCGUGACUUCAUGGCAACCAAUGAGCUGUCCAGGUCCUUCCUUGCCUCCUUUAUAUUGGUCAUGGAUCUUCUCAUAGUGAUGCAGGACUGGGAUUUCCCCCACUUUGUUAGUGCACUAGAUAUUAAGCUUCCUGGAGUGAACACGGCCCACAUUCGCUUCAGCAUUCCCAAGUGUCUGAAACGGGAGACAUGGGACAUCCACAUAACUGGUAAAUGGUUCAACUAUGGAAUCUUGUUCAUGGUGAUGUUGCUUGAUCUAAACAUGUGGAAGAACCAGAUCUUCUACAACCCUUACGACUAUGGACAGUAUGUGAACAAUGACGGCCGCAUUUACACAGUCCAAGACGAGUACAGUCUGGAGAAAUUCAAUGCAUCACAAAUAACGUAUGAAUUCAGAAGCACCGAAAUCAAUCCAAAUACCAACAGAACAUUCAUUUCUGAUGACACUCACAUGAAUACUAAGUAUCUCAAUUAUGCAUUAGGGGCGAAAGCUAUGGCUUUCAUACCUAGCAUUAUAGCUUUCAUUGUGUUUGGUGUGUUGAUAUGGUAUUUUGGGCGAGAGAAACCAACUGAGGAAAAGCCGUAUGCAGGUAGACUGAAAAAGCGUCCCAAAAGGCGAUUUUCUGAUAGAUUAAAGUUCCAAAUGCCCUGGAGAAAACGUGAGGAAGAACGACAGAAGAUUCACGCUGUUCCAAAAUUGUUGUAUUUUAGAAGGAAAGGGGCCAAGCAUGUUGAGGAAGAAAAGCAGAUCCCUAUUGAGGCAUUUAUUGAUAAAAUGGAGGUGACCAAUGAUCAAAAUGUUGUGACUGUUACUGAACUCCCUUAGAUGUCAUUAACUCUUUCAGUGCUGGAACCGAAUUUUGAAGGCCUUUGCAAACAGUUUGCAUCCAGAUGAGACACCAUAGAACGUGGCGUCUCAUCAGGAUUCAAACUGUUUGCUAUUCUGAUAGUAUUCUUUAAAAAAUAGAAAAUGCUAGUUUUUAGAAAUUCUGCAGACGACAUUAAAGCAGACGACAAAUUUCCCAGCAUGCAAAGGGAUAAGGAAUUACAGGGCAUAAAUAUUGAACAAACAUUCUGUUUUGGGAAAUGAUCAAAGCAGUACAUAAUGCUUUGCUGAAAAAUGGUAUGAACCUUUUUUAAUUGAAAUAUAUUAACUUAAUUAGUAUGAGUAUGAAGAUGUUGUUGUUCGAAAGCUUUUUACAAGUUAAUUAUAUAAUAUAUUUUUAUAUAUAGAUAUUCUAUAUAAUGUGUUCCUUAUUGGUAUAAAGAAUUUUUAAGCUUUUUUUGUUUUUAUCUUAUUCAAAUAGAAAGAUGUUGCUUUGCAUAAAUAGGUGCUUUUAUACUUCCAGGCUACUGUUAUGUUUGACAUUGAAAUAUUACAAAUAGUGCCUACUUGUUAUGUAUUCCAAAUCAUUGCUCUUCCUAUGCAGUGUUGUGGAUAUUAUACUUCAACUUGUCAGAAAACUGUAUUGCAAAUAAAGAAUGGAGAUAAUAUAACGAUGAAAUUUAUAAAUGUUGUUGUUUGUAAUGUUUGCAUUUGGUUUGCUUAAUAGACCCCUAUUAUAUGCAUGUGAUUAUACAUUACUUGUGUUAUAUAACACUUGUUAAGGGAUUAUCACAAAAAAUAUAUAUCAUAAAAGAUAUUUUGUAAAGUGUUCUUACUUUCAAAUAUACAUAUGUUAACACUGUCUUCAAAUUGAUAUAUGUAACUUUUAAAAACACAAUAGUUUUGUUAUUAUCAAGCAUUACUAACACAUUGAAAUAUCCUGUACUAAAAAUGUACUAUGUAAAUCAUCUACUAAAAAUAUGCUGUGUAAUGAACUUAACCAUAUACUAUUAAUUUACUGUGUAAACUAAAUGCUAUUAAUUUACUGUGUUAACUACACUGUAUAUACUAUUUAUACUCUGUGUAAACCAUAUACUAUUAAUUUACUGUGUAAACUGUAAACUAUUUAUAUAUAUUAUAAACUAUUUACUAUUAAUAUUCUGUGUAAAUUAUAUACUAUUUAUAUAGUCUCAACUAUAUACUGUUAUAUACAGUGUAUUUAUCAUCAAUAACAAUGACAUUAGUGCACAAAAAGGAUUUGUUUUAUGUUAUUUUUAUAUGAUUAAUACGUAUGAUCAGUUUUAAUUUUAGUUUUACAUAUACACUGUCUGCCAAAUUUACAUGUCUACAUAGCUACUAGAGGAAAACAUUGAAAACUUUCUUAUACUAUAUUAAUUGCCAUGAUCAAAACUUAAGUGUAUAAUGAUGAUGCAAUUUUGAGUCCAGUGAAAUCGAUAUUUGUAAGUUUGUCAGAAAAUGUGAGAAGGAACAAAUUAAGUUUGAUUUAUCUUCUCUAUGCUCCCCUUUUAAGAAGAGGGAGUAUAGUGUUUUGCUGGAUGUCGGUCGGUCUGUCUGUCUGUAGACCAGUUUGUUUGUGAUGAAUAAUUCGUGAAGAGAAUGACAAAUUGGCUUGAUACUUCCCAUAUGCAUCUGCAUUUGCCAGUAGAUGACCCCUAUCAAAAUUGGGGUCACUAGCUCAAGGCCACUGUAACGAGUAAAAGUUCUUUCAGAUCAAUAACUUGAACAGAUAGACCAUUUGCUUGAUACUUCCCACGAGUAUUGGCCUUGGACAGUAGAUGAUCCCUAUUUAAAUUGGGGUCACUAGGUCAAGGUCGCAAUUGGUAUGAAAAUCGUUUGUUAUAAAUUACUCUUAAUCGAAUUGACAGAUUUGCUCGAUUCUUCAUAUGUGAAUUGGGCUUGGACAUUAGAUGACUUCUAUUGAAUUUGGGGUCAGUAGUUCAAAAGUCGAGGUCACUGUGACAUGUGUUAAAUUGGUUUAAAUAUAAUAAAAAAAUUGAGUGAUGGGUGUAAGGGCCCUGUUUGGGGUGGCAUCUGUCUCUGACCACGGAACUCUUGUUGAAAUAGGAUGGUUCAACUGUUGAUAUUUCAUGUUUACUAAAUGAACUGCUGUAUUGUAUAAUGUUUAGUACAGAUAAUAUAUAUAUAUAAUUUGUGUUGUUAAAAUAUUGUCAACAUGUUCUUAAAAAUACUUUUAGCUGUACUGGUGCUUUUUACAUUGUUAUCGUGUAUGUUACAGGCAUAAAUACUGAUACCGGUAGAUAUAAACAUGUCUGGUACCGGUAGAUAUAAACAUGUAUGCUGUUAACCAACACACCCAAACAAGCAUUGCUAUAUUGUUUGGGUCUGCUUGUUUGUUAUUUUGAAAAUCAAAUGUGCCUAUUCCAGUUUUUAUGUCCUUUAUAAGCAUGCUGAUUGUUCAAAUGGUCAUUCAAAAUAAAUUUCAGUAGUUUUGAUAUAAAAUCUUUCUUUAUGGAAUCCGCUUGUUACUUAUCACUAACAUUUCAAUGUUCUUGUGAGAUGAUCUGUCCAUUCAUCUGGUACUGUUCAGUAAACACGUCGUCUUUGUUGUUCCUGAAUAUAGUGCUUUCUUUUAGUAUAAAAGAAAUCUGUAGAACUUCAAUUACUAAUGUAUUCAUAGAAACUUAAUUUUUUAGCAAUUAUUAUGAUUAAUUUUAUUGCAUGCAAUUACUUCAAUUACUGAUGUGUUCUUACACCCUGUUUAUUUUAUUGCAUGCAAUUACUUCAAUUACUGAUGUGUUCUUACACCCUGUUUAUUUUUAAGCUUUAUGUUAUAAUGUAUAAUAUGUAGUUAUCAAGCACUUAUUUUAAUUAAUGUAAGUUCAUACAGUAGAACUUCAAUUACGUAUCUAUUCAUACGAAUGUAAAAGAUGUGAACUUUAAUGCAAAAAAGUAUUUCUCUUUUUCCUCGUUAAUUGUUUUUGUUUUGGCUCCAGAUAUAUUUGUAUACUAGGUUGCUAGGGAUGUAUAAGGAUAUUAAGAGGUCUCAGAUCUUAAGGUAUUGCAGUAUGUACCUCGAAGAUAACAUACUGGGUUGUAACAAUAUGUUGUGUUUAUUUAUGAGCUAUUUUUAUGAAACAGCUUUCUUUGUUAUUUAAAUAUAAGUCAUUCCUUAAGCUACUGUUGUGGUAAGAGUGACUGCACAAAUCAUGAAAUCUGUAAAAAUAACAUUGUCUUUUUUGAAAAUGUUACCUGUGAACAUUAUAUUUAUGUAUUAGAAUUCUGAAUAUAAAAUAUAAUAAAUAUGUUAUAAAAUUGAAUUACCACACUUGUUAAUAUAUUAUACAACAUACAUUAUUGUAUUUUUCAUACAAAAAAUUAUAUUUUAUUUAUUGUUUAACUUUUGUGAGUGGUAUAAAAUAGUGAUCAAAUAAAAAAUAUAUCUUUAGAAAUGUGUUGAUUUGUUUGUAACCUUAUAGUUGAGCUUUCACUUACAUUUUCAAUUAAUUUAAAUGUGAUUGAAGCUUGACAUUAUUGUUUUUAAAAGCAUUUGUGCCUUUGGUUUGAAGGAUGGGUUUGUGAUUGUGUUACGCAUUGAAUUGUUUUUCAAAGAAUUUAAUAUUUAAACUUUUACAUCUAGUCUCACUUAAACUUGUUUUUAAAGAGCAAUUAUGUCACCGAAUUAAUUGAUGCAGUUGAUACAUCUAAAUUGAAUGAGAUCAUUAAUAGGAUUAAUUAUUUUGAGUUUCAAUGUUAUUUGUAUGUUGUAUAAUGUUAUAUUGCACCUGAACAAAAUCAUAAGUUCCGAGCAAAAAAUUCCCCAUAGGUAUUGGUCAGCAUUUUAAUAGAUAUAGUAAUAAUUGUGAAGAAUAUCUAUGGCAGAAUUGAUAAGUUAUAAAGAACUUAGUUUUUUCUUGCACAAACUCUCUAAGAGCUUAUUAUAGCAGUCACAAUGCAAGGCUUCCCCUAGCUGAAAAAAGCCAAAUUGUUAUUGUGAUAAUUUUUGUCAAAAUUCUUCUCAUUUUGGCCAAUUAGUAUUUAUCAAAAAUAAAUUGUAAUUAAAUAGGUAAAUAUGUAGCUGUGAGCUUGUUUGGUAAAUUAGUAGAGGAAGCCCUACAUCGGUCAAGUGUAUGUGCGUGCUUGUGCAUCACGUGUGAUGUUGGUCUUUCUACCUGGUUCAAGGUUACACUUAAAUUUAAAGGUCAAUUUACAAAAGCUAGUCUGGACUGUAGUUUUGUCAUUCAUCUUAAAUGAACUUGCAAUAAAUGAGCAGAAAGCCUUUGGUAUUCAACAGGCAUCUUCAUACCUCAAAGGUCAAUGCAGAAUCAAAGGGGAGAUGAAAAGGAAGGAAUUAACAUAAUAAAAUGACGUUUUGUUGUAUGGUUUAUUCUCAUUCAAUGCAUUAAUAUCAAUAACCAGUACAUCUGAAUAAAAAUAAAAACAAGAAAUGUGUUUGUCAGAAACACUAUGUCCCCUUCUGCGCCGCUUUGACUUUUUUUACCUUUGACCUUGAAGGAUGACAUUGACCUUGACCUUUCACCACUUAAAAUGUGCAGCUCCAUGAGAUACACAUGCAUGCCAAAUAUCAAGUUGCUAUAUUCAAUAUAGCAAAAGUUAUUGCAAAAUGUUAAAGUUGGCGCAAACCAACCAACAGACCAACCAACCAACCAACAGACAGGGCAAAAACAAUAUGUCCCCCACUAUAGUGGUGGGGGACAUAAAAAUCGAUAACAUCCACAUGAUAUGAUGGCCCUGUAGUGCUCACCUGAGUUCAUAUUCAAACCAAGUCAGAGAAAGUUCCAUCCAGAAAAGUAUGUCUUAAGAGUA